GUGUGCCGGCAGAACAAAAACAACGGGGCGGGGCGCGACGCCUCCAUUUUGAUGCGGGGCUGGGGUGGCGGCGGCUGCUGCUGGGGGCCGGGGAUGCUCCUGCUGCUGCUCCUGCCCCUGCUGCUCCCUCAGGCAUCGCCGUGACUCGCUGGGGGAGGCGAGCGGGGCCCGCCGCGGGCGGGGGGCACAGGAGGCCCUGCCUGGAUGCGGGGCCUGCGGCGGAGCCGAGCUGCAUCCGUGCGGUGACGGGAGCCGGGCUCGCCUCCCCCUCCCCGCCGCCGAGGAACCGAGCGGGGAGGGCCGCGGGGAGGGCCCGGUGCCCUCUGAUCACCGCCCCGGGUAAAGGAUCCGGAGGCAGGGGAGAAGAUGAGCAGCGAGGCACUGUGGCUGUUCAAGCAGCUGAACCUCCACCUGGAGCAGGAGGGGAGGUUCCAGCCCCGAGAGAAGGGCAUCAGCCUCAUCGAGUGUGCUGCCGAGAAUGAAAAUACUCUGUGUCCAAGACAAAGGAAUGGCAAGGUGGAAGAUCUGUGGAGUCUCACCAACUUCUUUGGUUUUGCAACUGAAACCUUUGUUUUGGCUGUUAACAUUCUGGACAGAUUCUUAGCUCUUAUGAAGGUGAAGCCGAAGCAUUUGUCCUGCAUUGGGGUUUGCUGUUUCCAGCUGGCUGCCCGGGUGCUGGAGGAGGAGUGCAACAUUCCCUCUGCUCCCGAGCUCAUCCGCAUCAGCCAGUGUAAAUGCACUGUGUCUGACCUCAAAAGGAUGGAAAAGAUCAUUUCAGAGAAGCUGCACUUUGAAUUCAAAGCUACUACUGCCUUAACCUUCUUGCACUUGUACCAUACUAUUGUACUCUGUCAUACCUCAGAAAGGAAAGAAGUUUUGAAUCUUGACAAAUUGGAAGCACAGCUAAAAGCUUGCAACUGUCGUCUGGUCUUUUCUAAAGCAAAACCAUCUGUUUUGGCCUUGUGCCUUCUCACUUUGGAAGUUCAGACUUUGAAAUCUGUCGAGCUGCUGGAGAUCCUCCUGCGUGUUCAGAAGCAUUCUAAGAUCAGUGAUAGUGACCUGCUUUACUGGAGGGAACUGGUCUCAAAAUGCUUAGCAGAUUAUUCUUCUCCUGAAUGCUGCAAGCCUGAUCAUAGAAAGCUGGUUUGGAUUGUUUCAAGACGUACAGCUCAGAAUUUACAAAACAGUUACUACAGUGUUCCUGAGCUGCCAACCAUACCAGAGGGUGGAUGUUUCAAUGAAAGUGAGAGUGAAGACUCCUGUGAAGACAUGAGCAGCGGGGAAGAAAGCCUUAGCACUUCUCCUCCAAGUGGUCUGGAAGGCACCUUCUUCUUUGAACUCAAACCUAAAGCAAAGUGGCAAACUCUUGGCUGUCUGGCUUAGCAUUGUGCUGAUUGUGUUAGGUUGAGAUUUUUCAUGCACGAUAGUCUUUUUGCAAUAAUAAUAAUAAUAUUAAUAAUAAAUGAGGUGGUAAUCUGUGAACUGUAUUGAGGCAAGAGCUGCUGUGGUAUAUUCAUGCUUUGAAUGCCUGCCUUGGGUUUGUUGUUGUAAUUUUAAGGAAGAAAAAAAAAAAUCCCAAUCAGGUUCCCAGUUCAGCAAAAAAAAAAACCAACUUCCUGUGUAGUUCUAUUGUCAGCAAACAUAAAUGCAGUACCUGGUGGCCCAAAAUGCUCACAGCUAAAGACAUCAGCCCAAGAGAAUUCUGCCCAAAAGGCUGAGGAAUCUGGGGCACAGACCUGUGAGGAGAGGCUGAGCAAAGUGAGCUUCCUCAUCCUGGUGAGGGAAAGUGGGGUUAAACAGCAGCCUUUUGGGUGUCUUAAGAGGAGGUUGUGAAGGAGAUUCAGGAGCUUGAGGAUUUCAGGGUCUUGACUGAGAAGUGUUGAGCAAGAACGAGAAGUUUCAUUAAAUUAAAAUUUGAAGUUCUUAAUUAAUUGGAAGAAACUUGCUCCAUGGGGACAGUCAGUCCUGGGAGUGGGCCAAGAGGGGCUGUGCUGUCUUUAUUCUGGGAAUUUCUCAGGAUUCAACAUGACAAAACCCCCAGCUGGAGUUCAGCAGUGACCCUGCUUUGAGCAGGGUGUUGGGCUGGAGUCCUCCUGAGGGCAUCUCCACUUCUGUUUGGAAUUAAUUAGAUGCCAUGGUCUGAGCAGGUCGUGUGAAGUGAUGGGUAUCCAGAGCACCAGGCUGAAACAAUUUACUGGCAAAUGGGCCAAAUACUGACACUGCUUUAAUGCUUUAUGUGCUGUGCUCCUUUUUAGCAGGCUCUUGAUUUGUGUACUCCAAGCAGGUAUUUUAUUUCAUUUAAUUUUUUAAAGCUUGGUUUUCAUAAGCUUCAGGAAUCCCUCUUUCACAGAGGAAUAUGCAUGGCAAGCAGGUGGCUUCUAGUCAGUCCUAGUUUUCACUACAGGAUAGUACCAAGCUUGUGGCAGGGAGUAGUUUCCUAUUUUCAUUCAGACAGAAGUUUUUACACUGAAAUUCACAUCGUGUACUUCAGUGGGUUUAGGAUUUUAACUGUUAACGUGUCAAUCCAUACUAUUAGCUUGGAUUUAACAUGGUAAAUCUUUAAGUCUACAUUCCUUUUAGUAUUUAACCCUUGUAGUUGCUUUGCAGUAUAUCCAUGUUAUUGAUUGAGUCAUAAUCAGACUUGUUUGCAUGCUGGUGUAAAGCAGUUAGUGCAGGAAAAGUUGCUAUUAUGCAGUAAUAUCAGGUAAAUGUGAUGUUGAUGAAGUAGUUGAUGUAAUGGGGGUUUUUUCUGACCUUUUUUCUUGAAGCACAAGUGGAAGUAAGGGUUGCUUUUUCUCCAUACUGUGGCUAGGUAGAGCAAGCAGACUCAUUAGCUGAGAAAAAUGGUGUGAAGUGUGGUGGUGCCAAAGUAGAAAUGAAGGAGCCAACAAGCUGUUUUGUUAGAUGCAAGCAUUGUUUUAGGAAGGUGAGGGAGGUGCUGUGAGUUGCUAAGUGUUAGGUGAUUUCGGUUUUAUAAAAACACAAAGUUUACAAAAAAAAAUGUAUAUAAAAAUGUAAAUUAAAAAAAAAUGUACAGAAAAAAUUUAAAACAAAAAAGGAGCAGAAAAUACUGUAUUUUUUUACAUUGUAUGUAACUUUUUUGUAGGUAUUGUUGCAUGUAGAUAGUAAUUUAUUGUGUACUCUGUAUGAUACAAACCCUGUACCAUCUGAAGAUCUCUUCCUCUGAGUCUGCACCUGGAAGUUCCCUUUGGGAAUGGGGGAGUAAUUUGGUUGCAGGUAACGAGCUUACUGAGUCUUGUUUCAGUUGAGAACAAAAUAAACCAAGUGCUGUUAUUUGUUAA